AUGGCGACCGCCGGCCUCCCCAUCACCACCCUCGUCCCCUUUGCGACUCUCCCGACGUGCGCCACCCAGUGCUACCACCUCUACGAUGCCAAUGGCGCCUGCGUUCCGCCGGCCGCCGCCAACGGCGACACCGCCCAGUAUGCCUCCUGCUUCUGCAACAAUGCCCUGAUCUCCGCCUUUAGCACCGGCACCGCCGGCGUCUGCGACUCGGCCUGUACUGCCGCCGCCGACUCUGGCGGCCUCGAGAGCAUCCACAACUGGUUCUCCUCCUACUGCUCCGUCGAGCAAAAGACGUCGCUACAAACACCGCGUCCACCACCUCGAGCACUUCUACAGCCACCAGCACCAAGAGCGCUUCCUCGGGGGGCAACAAGAGCACAAACAACUCAUGGUAAGCUAUUCUGGUCCUCGCUACGCUCGCUUUUUUCUGUCCUCGCUGCGCUCGCUUUUUUGCUGUCCUCGCUGCACUCGCUUUCUUUUCUGUCAUCGCUAACGCUUCUCAGGAUCGCCACACACUACCAGUGGGUCAUCUUCGUCGUCGUCAUGGUCGUCGGCAUCACCUCGCUCUGGAUCGGCGCCUGCGUCUGGCACCGCCGCUACCUCCGCAAAAAGGACCGCCAGUACGCCCUCGCCAACCUCCGCGCGUCCACCGGUGCCGCCUCCGGCACCACCGGCCUCAACGACCGUUCCAUGGACCACGAUCUGCACGAUCUCGACAGCCACGGCAUGGCCUCGCCCACCGACCCGGCCGGUGCGUUUGCGCCCAACUCGUACGAUGCAGAGAAGCGCCGGUCGAACCCGUUUGGACGGCGGCGGUAA